AUGGUGGAUACAAAGUUCCAAGACGAACGCGCGAGAAGGUGCAUCAAUGACGCCAUCGAGCGCUGUCCGAAGGAUACUAAGCAGUGGAUUGACGAGCAUAUGAGGGAAUUGGAGGAUUGUCGUUGGUGUUUCUCGACAUCAACCAAGAGGCGCAGUGAGGGAACGGGGGAGACAGGUUUCUCCAGUUCCAGGCGGAGGCGUUUGAGCUGCGAAAAGCUGUCUAGGUUAAAGUGUUAA